AUGGAUAAGCUCCUCGCCGCCCAGCUCAGCUCCUCGCCGCCGUGCCCCGGCCGCCUCCACCUGCUCUUCCACGACUGCUUCGUCGCCGGGUGCGACGCGUCGAUCCUGCUGGACGGGCCCAACACGGAGAAGACGGCGCUGCAGAACAACGGCCUCUUCGGCUACGACUUGAUCGACGACAUCAAGACGACGCUCGAGAAUGCGUGCCCCGGCGUUGUCUCCUGCGCCGACAUCAUCGUCGCCGCAACAAGGGAUGUCGUUGGCAUGUGCGGAGGGCCGAUCUACCAAGUGCAACUGGGAAGAAGGGACGGCAUGGUGUCACAAGCGUCCAUGGCGAGCAUUUCUGCCAGGCCCCAACGUCGACAUCCCCACCGCCAUUGA